CGGCUUUCAGUUUCAGUUUUGAUCUGACAACGUAAAGAGCGUUAAAAAGCAGUUCUCCGUACUUUAGUACAAAAACAGAGUGCAUUUAAAAUCAAUGCAUAUAUAAACUGGUUCUAUACCUCAACUUGGUAUGAAAAAGUGAAUAUUCAACAACAAAAAAAGACAAUUCGCGUUGUUUGAUAUAAAGCGUAAGACGCUUACGUGAAUAGCAAGAGUUCAUUGCACGUUAUAAGAGGACACACACAAAGAAAACAGAAAAAAGGUGAAACGACCUCGCACAAAGUACGCGCGCAAAAGCAAGAAUAAAACAGAACUAAUCAACAAAUAAAACACUGAGGCACAGCCCACACAUAUCGGCAGUGCAACCUACAUAAUCCGCCUUUCUAAAAAAAUAUAUACAACAACAACAACCACUACAAAUAUGGACGUUUGGGGCGUAUUUGUUGGCGACUCGACGCUGUCUUAUGGGGGCUCGAUGCGCAACAACUAUUACCGUGACUACGAGCAGUUCCCGUAUGGCACGUUGGAGCACGCAAACAGUGCCAGCGCAUAUCCGGCCAAGGACUCCUACAGUCGAGUGCAAGAAAAAUGUAAGCAACUAAAAUCGGAAAAGCAGCUGCGCAAGGAUUGCCCAUUCUGCAAAGAGCACAAGAAACGGCCAUUGAUCAACUACAUGCGCAAGCGUGAAUCUCGUAAACAUCACGAGAGCAUCUGCGAGGACGAGGAGGAGAUGCACGAGCACGAGCACGAAGUGCAACAUCAAAUGGCGAAUCUGACAACUGUUGUGCCAACGCAGCAGAGCUGCAAGGUUUAAGCACAGCAGCAAAACUGAUCAGAUUUAAGAGGAGAGACAGACAGGUGGCAAAAUAAAAGCCAAAAAAUAAAAAUAAAAAACAACAGCAGCAGCAAUUCACAAUGCCAUAUAUAGUUAGAUAAAGACAAAAGAAAAAACAAAAAAAAACA